UUGAACGAUCAUAUCGACCAUGCGUUUGCCAUUUGCAUUGACAGGUUAGAAUUAAAGCGGUGCAGAAAAACGGUUCUCAUCCAGCCAUUCUGCCGUGAGACGUUGCGGAUCACGGUUCGAAUAAAAAACAAUAGGUGCAUUAAAAAAAUUAAAUAAAAAUAAAAAUAAAUUAAAUUAAGUGUAUGAAGUAGGAGUGUUUCGAAAAGUGUGUGAAUUUGUGUUCAACUUUUGGGUGGUUUUCUAAUUUGCGGGUGAAAAUGGCGCCAUCUAUUGGCGUCGCGGAGUUCUAUGCCGGAAAAACAAUUUUCAUCACCGGCGCAACGGGGUUCAUGGGAAAAGUUCUCAUAGAAAAACUGCUAAGGUGUUGUCCGGAUUUAAACAAGAUUUACCUGUUGAUGCGACCAAAAAGAGGCCAAGGCACCAAAGAGAGGCUCGAUGAUUUCAUACACUGCCGGGUGUUUGACAACUUGCACACACAAUCUCCGAAAUCGUUCGACAAGCUUCAUGUAAUCAAAGGCGACAUCCUUCAAGAAGAACUUGGCAUUUCGAACCAGGAUUGGGAUAUGCUGCAACGAGAGACUCAGAUCAUGUUCCAUUGCGCCGCUUGCGUUAGGUUCGACAUGUUCAUCCGUGAUGCAAUAAACAUGAACACUGUUGGAACUAUGAAAGCGCUUAAACUAGCAGAGGGGAUGAAAAAACUAGAGGUGUUCGUCCACGUGUCCACGUCCUACUGCCGGUGCGAAGUCGAGGUUCUGGAAGAAAAGCUUUACCCAGCGAAGCACAGGCCUCAGCACAUCAUGCAGUGCGUGAAGUGGAUGGAUGACGACCUUCUCAAUUAUCUGCAACCUAAAUUAAUCGAGCCACAACCCAACACGUACGCUUAUACCAAGUCACUGACAGAAGAUCUGGUGUCACAGCAUGCAGGGAAGUUUCCGAUUGUCAUUGCAAGACCUUCAAUUGUGACGGCCGCUUACAAAGAACCAAUGCCUGGUUGGGUGGACAACCUGAACGGUCCUACCGGUCUUCUCGUUGGUGCUGGAAAAGGAGUGAUUAGAACGAUGCACUGCAAUGAGAAUUACCUGGCUGACGUGGUUCCUGUGGAUAUGGCGGUGAACGCUUGUAUUCUCUUGGCUUACGUCACAGCUUUGGAAAAACCAAAAGAAAUCAGAAUUUGCAACAUUACGCAGUCGGGUCAUAACCCUAUAACGUGGGGGCAAGCACUUGAUAUGGGUCGUGUCCACGUACAAGAGUUCCCGUUCUCAGUAUGCCUGUGGUAUCCGGGAGGCUCUCCAAAGAGUUCCAGACUUCAACACUUGCUCGCUGUUUUUUUCACACACUUAUUACCUGCAUACUUUGUUGAUUUUCUUUUAUUCCUGACGGGGCAGAAGACUUUUAUGGUGAAAAUUCAAAAGCGUGUCAACUACGGGUUAGAAGUUCUCCAAUACUAUACAACUAAGGAGUGGUUCUUUGAAAACGACUACUACAGAUCGCUUAGGAAUCAAAUAUCUAAGGCAGACGAUGAAAUAUUCUAUACUAGUAUUGAGGUUGUACAUUGGAGUUCGUACAUCAGAAAUUACAUAAAAGGAGCUCGGGAAUACUGCUGUAAAGAAGACCCUGCUACUCUACCACAAGCCAGGCGGUUACAUAGACAAUUAUACUACUUGGACAAAGCAGUACAAAUCACAAUCUACGCGUUAAUCGCUUACUUUAUAUAUUAUUAUAUCAUCAGGUUUUUUACUGACAGACAGACACAUUUUCGCAUUUUUAUAAUAUUAACGCCUGAACUUACCCUGGUCAAAAUGGCGCCCUCCGUCGUUGAGUUUUAUGAAGGGAAAAAUAUACUCAUAACGGGAGCUACUGGUUUCGUAGGAAAGGCAUUAGUAGAAAAACUGUUAAGAUCAUGUCCCGGUGUUCAAACUAUUUACCUUCUGAUGAGGCAGAAGAAAGGAGUGUCCGGAGAAGAGAGACUAAAGGAUCUUUGCAAUAAUAGGAUAUUUGAAUACCUAAGAGAGAAACAACCAGAAUGUUUCAAGAAGCUCAAACUGGUAGCCGGCGAUAUAUUGGAGGAAGAGCUGGGUAUAUCGAACGACGACCGUCAAGAGUUACAGAGGAACUGUAAUAUUGUUAUCCAUAGCGCCGCCUGUGUAAGAUUUGAUCAAAAACUAAAAGAUGCUGUGCAUAUGAACACUAAAGGAACUCUUCGUGUCUUGAAACUUGCUGAAACUAUGGAAAAACUUGAGGCGUUCGUCCACCUAUCGACAGCAUAUUGUCGAUGUGAGCUGGAUGAACUUCAAGAGAAACUGUACCCGGCCGCUCAUGAUCCUGAAAAAAUCAUGGAUCUGGUGGAUUGGCUGGAUGAUGACACCCUUAGUUAUUUGGAGCCAAAGUUAAUAUCAUCUGAACCCAAUACGUAUUCCUACACAAAAGCCAUAACUGAGGAUCUAGUUGCUAAAUACAACGCAAAGUUUCCUAUUGCCAUUGGAAGGCCAUCUAUUGUCACCGCUGCCUGGAAAGAGCCGAUGCCGGGAUGGGUUGAUAAUUUGAAUGGACCGACUGGACUUGUUAUAGGAAGUGGAAAAGGUGUAAUUCGUACGAUGCAUUGUGAACCAUCUUACAUGGCGGACGCCAUACCGGUUGAUGUGGUUGUCAAUGGAUGCAUAUUGAUAGCUUACGCCACUGCUCUUGAUAAGCCGAAAGAAAUGCGUAUCUUCAACAUAACUUUGUCCGGAGUUCAAAAGAUCGCAUGGAGAGAAGUGAUCGAGUUGGGUGAGAAAUGGGUGAACAUAUACCCGUACACGGUGGCGCUGUGGUACCCGGGUGGUACCAUCAAAUCCUACUGGUUGACGAAUCAGAUUAUGGUCAUACUGACGCAUAUGCUGCCUGCCUACUUUGUCGAUUUGCUACUGUUUUUAUUGGGGAAGAAGCCUUUCAUGGUGAAACUCCAAAAGCGCAUAAGCCACGGCCUCAACAUAAUCCAGUAUUACACAACAAAGGAAUGGCACUUCAGGAACACAAAUUUCUUGUCCCUCCAAAAACGCAUAAGUGAGAAAGAGAACGAAAUAUUCUUUAUCGAUGUAUCCUCGUUGGAUAGGGAUACAUAUUUAAGGGACUAUGUUAUCGGGACAAGAACUUAUGUUUUGAAGGAGGAUCCCUCUAGUUUGCCAAGAGCAAGAAAGCUGCAUAGAAUACGCUACGUGGUCGACAUCAUCACGAAGAUUAUCCUGUAUUCUUUGUUCGCAUGGUUUUUGUACUCUAAAUGCGGGGUUAUCGAAAUAAUUAGUUCCGUAGAUAAGUCAGUUAAAAGUUGGUUAAACUUAGACAAUGCUCAUACCGAAGAAGUGCUGUGAUGACUUACCAGUUGUUGUAAAGCAAUUUUUAUAGAUUUUUAAGGCUGAAACACAAGCGCGACGCGAUGGUAACUGCAUGUGGGAUUGUUAACGUUUUUGAAAAUUACUAAGGUAGUCAAUUAUUUCAACAAUGACCUUACAAGGUCAUUGUAUUUCAACUACAAUGCACGAUAGGUUGAAAUGGCAAUCGGGGAACAACGCUAACCCGAUGCGGGCGAGCGCGGGUGACGAGCGGGUGUGAGAGGCAUCCCUUCGCCUCACACCCCGAUUGCCAUCUCAACCUGUCGGGGACUAUACAUUGUUUUUUUUUAAUAAACCUACUGU